UUUCGAUUGUGAAUUCACAAGCACAAACCUACACUUAAUUGUUAUCUUGACAAUAUUAAAAUAACUGGAGGAUAAAAACCCCACCUUCUCUGCAAUAAUUAUCCAAAAUAUAUUACACUUUAACAUGGAAGAAGGGAAACAAAUGUCCCUAUAUGGGAAGACUACUAUGACUCCACAAGAGGAAGUUGGCUGGUGGGAAAACGUAGUUUACCGGACGGACAAUAUCAGCCGGAAGCACUUGGCUGUGGUUGGAAAUGGCUCCCUACUUUGGCCAGGCAUUAAAAAAUGGAGCAGACAUGAAUUGGACGACGCCAUUGCUGCUCGGAAAGAUGCCUGGUUCGGGGCAAGGACGAAACAAACGGUGGCCGAGGUAAUUUCACCAUACGAGCGAUUUUUCAACGCCGAGAAUGGCUACAACGCCAAGAUGCACCGGGAUGACCGGAAGAGCGUCGACAUGAUCGGCUGUUCUAUUCAUGAGGAGGAAAAGAACCGCACAAUUCCACUACUCUCAUCUUCACUCUACGGGCACCGUUUGGGCCAAUCCUUUGAAACCUUCUCGCGGAGUAACGUGUAUGUGGAUCGAGUUAGGAAGGGGUUCUUACACAGACGGGGAACAGGUCUGCCGCCGAUCCAUGACCAGCAUUAAGAAAAACCUACACUAAAGAACAUUGAUGUUUCAUACUUAAACAAUAUCACCUUAAAUUUCUGUAUAGCUUUGCAACAGGCCAACAUAUAAAUGCUCAAUAUCAAUAAAAUCAAGAUUUUCA